AUGCCUGGAGUGGUGUUUCUUGUUUGCGUUCCGACGGCGAAUUAUGAGAGUACGUUAAUUAACGGUAUCAAUUAUGGUGCCAACAACGAGCAGCUGCCACCGCCGAUACCACCGCACCAGGUUCCGGGUCCCCAGGUUCCCAAUCUGAACAUAAAUCUUCCCGAAAGUGUCCCCCGGACAGGAACGGCACCGACCGGCGAUGCAAUUCUGCGGCUCGAGGUCGAGCUGCGCGAUAAGCAUGCAGUCCAUGGCCGCCGCCCGCGUGGACAACGGGCCGGACCGAAGCCACCACCGUACGGGGUGGCGAACGUCCUGAAAGGACCCCCGAACGUGGCCGGGUCCGUGCCACUGGAGAAGGUGCUGGAUGAGCUGCUCAAGAAGCUGGAGGUGGAACGAGUGAUCUGGCAUCCGGACAAGGAAGGGCAGUACUAUCAGGUCGUGUUUCCCCUGGCAGCCGGUGAUCCCUGCGAGACGACGUUGCACUGCCUGACGGAGCUGGGCAUUGGCGUACUGUACAACUCCAGUGUCAGCGUUCUUCCGUGCAGCGUCAGCUACGACGGCUCGAAUGACACCAGUAACGAAGAUGAAUACGGUGACGAUGGUGAGGAAAACUCCAAGUGGAACAACUUUGUCGAUUCGAUACGCUCCAAGCUGACAGUGAAACAGGUCGUCGAUGGUGUCCGGGCCGGUGGAUCGCUCUCGUUCGACUACUUGCUGCUCAUCGUGACCGCAGACUCACUGGCCGCGCUCGGUUUGGUCGAGAACAACGCCCCGAACAUAGUGGCCGCGAUGCUGGUUUCGCCGCUGAUGGGCCCGGUAAUGUCGAUCACCUUCGGUACGAUCAUCGCCGACCGGGAACUUGUGAAGGUGGGCUUCACGGCGCUCGCCCUCGGAAUGUUCAUCUCCAUCCUGUUUGGCUUCAUUUUUGGGCUCAUCCUCGGCACCACCGAAAUGCCGUGGGGAUUUGGCGAUUUUCCGACGGAGGAAAUGAAGGGCCGUGGCAAUGCACGCUCACUCUGGAUGGGCAUCCUGUGGGCGCUGACUUCCGGUAGUGGGGUCGCCGUGGCCCUCCUGCAGGGCUCGGCCGGCCCAUUGAUUGGCGUCGCAAUUUCGGCCUCGUUAUUGCCACCGGUGGUGAACUGUGGGCUGUUCUGGGCGCUCGCCUGCAUCUGGUUGAUCUACGAGGACAUCAAGAUGCCGCAUCUCAAGGGUGAACCCUUUACCGGCAACUCCAGCUACGAGUUCAUCUACACCAAUUACAUCCCGACGGAGUUCCUAAUUAACGGGAUCGUUUCCGGGCUGCUGACGGUGAUCAACGUUAUUUGCAUCUUUAUUACCGCCAUCAUCGUGCUGAAGAUUAAGGAGGUGGCCGCUCCGUACACCUCCAGCCCGGAUCUUCGCAGAUUCUGGGAAACGGAUAUCCGAACGGCACGGACCGCAAAUCGGACCACCAUUCGCCGGAACCGGGGCGGUGGUGGUGCCGGGGCCCGCGCAGAAGCAGAUAUUAUGUCCACGUACGCCGAGCUGGAGGGCGCUCCGAAGGCGAGGAAUCUGGAGAAUGCACUCGAGCAGGCCCUGAAGGAGGCCGUCGAUGAUGACACCUAUCGAAAGGUCAAGCGAAUGAGCUAUUCCAGCAAUGCAGCCGGUGAGAUCGCCGAGCGACUGUUCGGGCACGGCUCCGGCACCAGCGGCCCGGCGGGACAGAUUGGAAACCCGAUGGCAACGGGCGGUCCGGGCUCACCGAAGACAACGGCUGACCUGAAGCUGUUGGAAAAACUGGUCACCUCGCUGCUGGAAGCGCACGGCGGAAGCGGGAUCGACGGCCAAGGCGGACGCACCGAGGGGCUGCACCGGAGCGGGUCCGGGGUGUUGGGUCGCUUUCGGCCCAUGUCCCGCUCGUUCCGCUCGCCAGGCUCACUCCGACGUCGUCACGCCGGAUCAAACCAAUCGACAUCCGGCGGUGGAAGCGUGGCCGUGACCGGCACCGGCGAAACCGGUUCGCAGGCGGGUGGAACGAUGCCAACGAUCCAGGAAACGGGCACGGACCGGACGGGCAGUGAUCGUGGACGGCGCAACUCCUGGAGUGACCGGGCUGGGCGCGAUGUGCGUCGAGUCCUGAACUCGAUCGCCAAUGCGCCACAUCGGUUCAGUCACUCGCUAGCAUCCGGCAGCAACGGUGGUGGCGAAGGGCCACUGCUAGGUGACGAUGAGGAGGGUGCCAACAUGACCCAGAAUGUCCUGUGA